CGCGCCCCCGGAAGCGGCCGCUCCCCGCCCCGUCCCGCGGCGGCGCCUCCCGGAGACCCGGCCGGCGGUGCGCGGCGCGCCCUCCCGAUGGCCGGCUACGAGGUGGUGAGCGUGUCCGGCUUCGAGGAGUUCAGCCGGGCGGUGGAGCAGCACCGCGGCAAGACCAUCUUCGCCUACUUUACCGGCUCCAAGGACGCCGGCGGGAAGAGCUGGUGCCCCGACUGCGUGCAGGCGGAGCCAGUCGUGCGAGAGGGGCUGAAGCACGUCAGUGAAGGAUGUGUGUUCAUCUACUGCCAAGUGGGAGAGAAACCUUAUUGGAAAGAUCCAAAUAACGAGUUCAGAAAAAACCUGAAAGUAACUGCGGUGCCUACACUCCUUAAAUACGGAACACCUCAAAAACUGGUGGAAUCCGAGUGUCUCCAGGCCAACCUCGUGGAGAUGUUGUUCUCCGAAGAUUAAGAGUUGAUGACAGUUGUGUCUUGAUUUCCUGAUCUGCUCUGGCAUAAAAGCAGUUGCGUACUUGCUUUGAAUUCAUGUUAGCAAUAAAUAAAUAAAUGAAUGACGAUGUAAAAAAUAGUUUAUGUCUAAACAGUGCUAUUAAAAUGCUCACGAACCCUCA